CAUCGCCGUGUGGUCGUCCGUUCCCGUCAGGUUUACAACACUGGCGAUUGAUCGCGCACACAUACGUGUUUUCCUCAGAAUGCCCGUGUCACGUAUACUGUUGUCGUAGGGUUUCCGUACCGCGAUUCAGCCGAGAACGUAAACAGAACCAUUUUCUCCGUCGCUCGGGAUAUGAUGUGGCGUCGGGGAUUUUUCAGGCCGAAGUUCGUCGCUGCCUGAAGUCGUGCGCGCGUGUGUUAGUGGGAUAAACUGUGGUGGAAAACGUCGUGUCGCAUACUCGAUCCGGAUCGCCGUUGAGUGGUGUGCGUGUGCGGGAUACUGUGCGAAGUGCGAACGCGCUAAUCAUUGGUCGCCGCUCCAGGCUCGGCCCGUUGCGUGCGGUUCGCAUUCUUUCUCUCUCUCUCUCUCUCUCUUUUUCUUUAUAUAGCCGACCUUCCCUCCGUCUCUGUUUUUCCCUCUCGUGCGCGCUCGCGUUCGCAGUUGCCUAGGAUAUUCCCGAUACCCGAGACGGGUUCGCGUGCGCGAAUCGCCCACAGUUUUGUGCAUUCGUGCAUUGGCGCUCCGGUGGCGAUGAGAGAUCCCGGAUCGGAACUGCAUCGAAUUGAAAAUACAAAAUAUUGUUUUUAAUACCUCCAAUAUACGAUGUCUGAGAGGGAUGCCUAAUAAAAUGAAUCAAUGUUUAUCCUACGGACCAGACAUUGCGUCGAGGCGUGUUGGGUGCCGAUGUGCGUCGAAUAUAUCUAGUAUGUCAAGAUUGCCGUUUCCGGUCGGCGAUUUCGUGAUGUACAACGACAAUUGUGUUGCACCUAGAACCGAUAGUGUCGUUUUGUCCGAAAAAGAGGAAACCAUCACGACGACUUCAGAAAACGAAACAAAUAACGCGGCUCGCUUGUCGCAAAACACUUUGCCGUCUCAUAGUGCCUGUCCAGCUGAUCAGUGCUCGAGUGAAGAAAAUGAUCGUCCUACGUGUAACUGUAAUUGUAUAAUAAAUCACCGAAAUCAAAAUCAUAUACAGAAGAAGAGUGCGAGAAGAUACCUUUACUUGUGUAUAUCUUCGACAAUGAAAUGCUAUUUCAAUAAAAUAUUUCGAUUAUCGAUUGCACAAAGACGAGACCAUUCAUGGGGAAUUAGAUGGAUAUUUAUUGUCUUGAGUUGUCUGUUCUUGAUAGUGAAUGCAGCCAACGAAUGUGCAAUUGGAAUCGAAACACCAGGAUGGACAGUACCGCGAGGUGACAUUAUUAUCAAAUAUGGUAACCCACUACGAAUUAUGUGUAUGUUAAAUGAAACAUACGUAACUAAACAUUUCCCGGGUAAAAACUCUUCGAACCUCAUCUUCUUUCGCAAUGAUAAAAGGAUGGAACAGGAAUACAUUACUGUAAUCAAUAGAACAACAAUAAUGUUGUACAAUGAACUACCACCACCUGGUGAUAAUAUGUAUUAUUGCCAAUUGAAUCUAUCCGGCAAAGACGUAGGUGUUUGUCUGAAUAAAGUUGUAAUUGGAUAUGAACCUAAAGCGCCAAGCAACUUUACUUGUAGAUCCUAUAAUUGGGAGAAUAUCACAUGCACAUGGGAUACGCAAAAAAACUUCAUCCAGACAACCCACGAAUUAAUGUUUAAAUUCAAUGGAGGUAGGCGAGGAGCGCGAAGAUUCUAUCCUUGUCCUGGAGAAUAUACGAAGAAGAAUUCAUGCUCUUGGACUCAAUAUAGCAGUCCAAUGUACAGGCAAACGUACGAAAACUAUACGUUUGUAAUGUACGUUCAUAAUCAGUUUGGCAAUGUAACCGACAUACAUAAAAUCGAUCAUUUUGCUCAAGUUAUCCCUGCGAAACCCAUGAGUCUUUCGGUGAUUAACAAAACGUCGAAUAGUGCAACAUUGUGUUGGGAACUCCCCUUCCCGUUACAAAAUUUUCCACCUGGUGUAAUUCAUAAAGUUAUGUAUCAGAAUCAAUGGGAUCAUAAAAAAGAUUGGAAGGUUAUCAUUAUUGAUACGGAACCUCGUUUGAAUAGGAGAUAUUUCAAUCUUACCGGAUUGGAAUAUGCUAAUACUGUGUACGAUGUUCGCGUUUUUUUAAGAAGCGCCAAGGCCACAGGAGAGAAUAUGUAUAGUGAGCCUGGUGUUGUUACAUUCAGGACAUUACCAACGUUACCUAGCUUUUCUCCGCGAACCGAUAUUGGUAGCUUCGAAAUUGUCGAGAACAAUGGGAACAGGGACAUAUAUUUGUAUUGGCAAAUGAUACCGCAAUACUUAGAGAAUGGUGAUAAUUUUAAGUAUCAGGUCAAUUAUGUGGAAGAGAAUGGUCAUAAAAUAACUCUCGAACCGAUCGAGACGACCAAGACAUAUGCUAAGUUUAAGGGACUUACCUUCAAUAAUUACCGGUUUAAGAUUGCCUCGAUGAAUAAGGUCGGCAUUAAUAAAAAUUAUACGGAAAUAGUAAUACCGAGUCGAGAUGAGAUGCCACAUGAACCGAUAGCGUUCACGAAAAUGGCUUUCGAAGGAGGAUUGUACGAAUUGUCUUGGAAGCCGCCAAUCAUGCAUAAAAAUAUCGCAAAUUAUACCAUUUUUUGGUGUGAUAACGAGCGCGAUCGUCCUUAUCAGUGUACAGGUUAUUUGAACUGGACACAUGUAUCCAUGAAUACUACGGUCUACAAUAUAACCGUACCAGAUCCGGACAAGGUGUACCAAUUCGCGAUUUCCGCGAAUACGAAUAAGGGCAGUAGCGGCAUGAUAUGGUCGUCUUGCACGGUGAUUCAUACAAAGGUGCUCGGCAAAAUGAAGUCCGUAUGGAUUAAUCGUAUUGGAUCGGAUUUCAUCGAAGUCGGAUGGAAGCUUGACUGUUCAGAUCGCAUUGGGAUCGUCGAAGGAUUCAAGAUUUAUUACUGUCCCAUCGUGUCGCCAUUAGAUACCAAGUGCAAGGGACCCAAGCUCAAUGUCACCAUCAAAUCCUAUCCACCCAUGAUAAGCGGUAUUGUCAAACACUUGACGCCCUAUACUACGUAUAUGCUGGGAGUCACAACGGUGACCAAGAACGGCGAGAGUCAGCCGAGCGAGCCCUUAUAUAACACUACUCUUGAGGCGGCACCCAGUACUUCGCCUUUGAAUGUAAAAGCCAUCAAUAUCACCAAUACGACGAUGUUUAUUACAUGGCAGUCACCGCAGGCGAUGAACGGCGUGCUCAGAUAUUACGAAGUUCACUAUAAUGAUUUCAUGAAAAAAGUGGAAGAGGGGAAUAGUACUAGAUUGACAGGCUUAUUGGCAUACACUGAGUAUAACAUUAGCGUUACCGCCUGUACCGUGGCGUGCAGCGAGAAAUCAUUGAUGAUAAAACAGCGUACGAAGAUUGGUAUUCCCGAUAAGAUUGGCGUACCAAAAGUGCGCUUCAUGAACUCGAGCCAAGUGAUCGUCACGUGGCAUCUACCACAAUAUCCUGCCGGUCCGAUAGCUUAUUACGAGAUAGAGAAUAGUUCUGGCGAAAUUCAUAAUGUUACUAAACUGGAAGCGCAACUGUCCAUCCCUGAUUGCAAGACUACGGAUCAAGAGGGACUGAACAAGUUUCGGGUUAGAGCCAUUAACAUUGGCUCGAAUAAUGAACGUUUGACGGGACCCUGGUCCGAAACUGGGGAAGGAAAUUGUUAUAGUAAUGGACUAUCACAAGCAACAGCAAUAAGUUUAUGGGUUGUUGGAGUUAUCCUCCUGGUAGCAGUCACUGCAUGCUGCGGAUGUGGGGCAAAAAGACUGUGGUUGAAAUAUCAAGAUAUGCAAGAUAUUGAAGUGAAAUUACCGCCUGGUCUCACUUCAAACAUGACGCUGCUUCGCAAGGACGGCGGACCACAUAUACGACAGCCAUCUGCUGAUUCGAGCGGCUGUUCGAGCGGCCAAGAAUCUGUCACCUCAUCGCUCACAACGACCGAAUUUCAAAUUUCCAGCGAUAGCGGUACUGAGGUAGAUCCAGUGCCUACGUCACCCGAUAAGCUGCUCGAGACUCUGUCAAACUGGGAGUCGAAUUCUGCCAGUUUGCGACAAAGGAGCGUUUCACGAGGACCGGAGACUACGUCCCGCUGUAGGGAGUCGUAUGUCCCAGUUAAAACCGGCGACUCGAAUCUCAAUGAGAUUCUAUCUCUAGCGCGAUCCACUCCAAAUUUGGCAGACAGUACAGGCAAUACAAUGACGCCGCAGACAUGGCCCAGUACCGGUUACAUCAGCAUGCUGUCUUCCGAGGAUUUGUCGGGUAAUCCGAGCCCUACGUCGCGGGGGAAUACUGUUAUCAACGCCACCGGCUGUUAUAGCGUUGUCGGUAUACGUCGUAUACGAAUGCCCGUACAAGCCACAUCUGAAGAAGACGGUGACGACGGUAUAGACAAUGCAGGAACCGUACAUGACACCUUGAUAUCGAACAAACAGGGAACGAAGCUCAUGCAUAAUCUGUAUCUGCCACUUGUCAUGGGCAAAAAGGAAAUGUCAUCGAAAGCUAAUGCUUUCAAUUUGGACAAGCUGGGCACUUUCAUUGAAUCGGACAAAUCCGAGGAAGAUGCAUUGAUGUCGCAUCUUACUACUUCCGACAAGACGAUGACGUCCAAGCCGUUUUUUCAGCCUACUCUGAUAGACACAAUGCAUAAACCGCUCGCUCUGCCGAGCUCGAUCGAGCAGCCCGAGAAGAGUAACAUUAGCAGUUCUUUUGCGUCGACGUCUUUCCCGGAUUCUUCCAACGAGCCGUUUGUAUCGUCAUUCGUGAGUCCGACAUUGCCUGUCUCGUCAAUUUCGUUAACCGACACCGCCUCGACCUCGACCUUGACUUCGACGAACCCACAUGUCAGUGAUCAAAGAUCGGCACUCUCUGAGACAUCGAGAUUUUUGGUGUCUCGCCCUAAGGACAAUAAUGAAGAAACGUUGAAGAUGUCUCACGCCUCGCACAAUUCGACGCCAAGUGAAAGCUCCUCUGAAUCAUCUGUGAGUUCUAUGCAUCAGAUGUUACAGCAACAGCAAGAGAAUAUGGAGUUUCCAUCCAUAAACAUAAUAGAAGAGAUUCAAGAGAUGGAAGUCGAGGAAGAUUCCACGCCGACCGUGAGGCUAAAUUCGCACAUUAUACAACCAAUCCUCAUAAAGCAUAAAGAGAACUCUGACUAUGUUAUCAUUGCCGACCCCAGUACAAUACAUCAAAAAACAGCAAUCAACCAAUCGGAUGAGCAGUACAGCAAAGUGACGGUUGUACCAAGUAGUACGAUGCAGUGAAAAGAGAAACGCACUUUUGUCGUGUUUCCUUCUUUUUUCUUGUGAAGAUGAUUUCACCAAUUGCAUAGAUGAACGAAAUAAGUUACAAUGGUAAGGUAAGAUUUAAUAAGAUAAGAUAUUUCGCAUACAUAUAUGAUCAUACGAUGAUAGGAGACUGCAAUAUUGCAUGUGUGUUAAAACGCAGAUAGCAAUGAGUUCUUCUGCAAUUAUAAAAGAAGUUAAGAAAGGAUGUCGGGAAGCGAAAUCUUUAAUGCGAUCCAAAGAAAAUAAUAUUUGGAGGAAAUUCAAUCCUCCGUAGAUUCAUAAUAUCGUUGUCUUGAAACGAUAUGUUUUAUUCUUGCGUCAAGAUCGAGAUUAAUGAAGAUGAGAUAUAAUCAAAUGAAAGAGCGCGCUGGCUUGGGACACCGACAAGAUAUCAUUAAAGACCGAUGAUCUUAUAAGAUUUAGCGUGAUUGGAAAAAAACUCGCUGCGCACUCAAAAUCUCGCCAUUGUAGGUAAGAAAAUCUUUGCAUUGUCGAUGAUACAACAGUAAUUUGGUACAAUAAAAUGUUUAUUUUGUCGUUCUUGAGGCAAUUACAUAAAAGAUCAAUACAUUUUCGAUAAUAAAAUAUUAACUGGAUGAACUAAAAUAAUUGCAUGAAUUUAAAUAACUCGUAUCUAUCUUCAAUAUAGUCAAAACGGCCGAUAAUGUUAUCAAUCUUUUAGGGGAUCAAAAAAAAAAAAAAAUAAAUAAAUAAACAAUAAACAAUUAUCUCCGGGUCUACCGGGCCCACUUGGUAGUCACGAAAAUUUACAUAGGGUCAACGGUCUUUAAUAGUAUCUCUUCGUUGUUCGAGAUCAAUUAGGACAUUCAUUUCUUGCUAAAAAGUUUCCAAUAAACUUAAACGUUUAAAAAAAAUUCUUUCUUAAACAGUUAUUAUCGUAAAACAGGAUGUUAUGCACAAAAUACACAAGAAAUAUAUGAUCUAUAGAGUGUUUUAAAAGUAAUUUCAAGAUAAAAUUAUCUAAGAAAGUAUUUUUCUAUACAUAUAUUGAAAUCUUGUUCCUAAGAAUUAGAUUUCUUAUUCCCCUUAUCCCAAGUUAGUGCUUCUCUAUUUGAUUGCAUCUUGUGUAUACAAAUAUUUAAAACUUUAUUUAACCCAGCAAAAAUUCUUCGCACUGCAUGCGAUUAAUUAAGGGUUAAUGUUGUUUCUGUCGAUGAUUGAUUCUCAAACUUCAUUGCGUCCAUCAUCGCCACUAUGAAAGCAACAAAUGUAUACAAAUAUUCUUCCGAACGAUCUCUCGAUACUGCUGUUAACGAAACAUCUACAAUGCACUUGCGGACAUUUUCAUUCAUUUUGCGUCACAGAAUUAUGGUUGCUCAAAAAGAAGCAAAAGUGAUACGUUUGAAAUUACUGCAACUACAACGACAAGAAUAACAUCAAUUUUUUUUAUAUAAAUUUUCUAUUUUUUUAAUUCAGACGCACACAAAAAACUUUGAUGAAGUUUUUUUUUUCAUCUACAGGUAUUGAGUGUGUUCAAAAACUGAUUCAAUUCCUUCGCUUGUACAUAUGAUUUAUCUGUUGUAGCCUUCGAUACUUCUCAUUAUCAUAAAUAUCAAUCACGAGUAAAAUUGUAUACAAUAGAGUAAGAAACUUUUUUUAUAAUAGCAUUAUAUUACCGUAUGUACAGUAUAAAAGCAAGGACAGGAUCAGGGAUGAUAAAAUAAGACGAGUGGUAAAAAGCGUAUACCAGUAUUGCAUUCUAUGGACGUCGUAAAGUAGGCUGCAAUGCAGCUAUGUUAUUCUAAACCCCCGUUAAAACAUAAAAUAUACCAAGACACUUAUACUACGUAAUAUGAUUUCCUAAUAUUAUAUUAAUUCUAUAAAAUGUUUUUAUUGUUUCCAAUUUAGGAUGAGAUAAAAUGGAGGAUAAGUGCUCUUAAAAUUCGUUUUAAUACUACGUUCUCGGAAAACAAAAUAAUAUUUGAUCUCUUAAACAAAGUUAACAAGCACGUCCAUGCUUUGCAAUUAUCCCGAAUAACGCGUUUAAUUGUGUGCGAGACAUCAAAUAAAGUACCUAUAUAACUCGCGUAUAUUCGGGCAUAAGUUAAUUGUGUGAAUAAUGCGCAAACGGCAACUGGUCUCACUUUCAUAUUACCGGGACUGGAGGAAUAUAUAUCUGUGUAUAGUAUACACAAGUAUACACGUACUUUAAGCUAGUCAGUGAAACGAGUUUGUUUCGCUCGCAGACCUUACAAUCUCUUUUACAACCUCUUUUACAAUCUGCAAUUUUUCAACGUACAUUUCACAGAUUUUGAGAUUGACAGAAUUUUUAUCAUCUAAUAUCUAAUAUAAGCGAAGAAACAAACUUGUCAAUUAACCAUCUUUUUUUCUUUUGUUCUUGAGUUUUUUGUUUUUUUUUUUGUUUUUUGUUUUUUUUUUCUCCGUGAAUUUCACACCGCUGAACGAAAAGAAAUAACGAAUAAUCUUUUAAUGAGAUUUAUUUUGAUCCAGCAUGCACGAAUACUAUCUUUUUAUAACAGCGUUAUGCUGAGAUCUUUGCCGAGCCGUAAAAGAAUUCAUUAGAGAAAAGCUCUGCCGAAGAAUUGUCGGAUAUUUGUCUAUCGUUGUUAUAGAAUGAGAUUUUGUAAACGGUAAUAUUACAAUUUUUAACAAAAUUUAAUAAAAGAGAAGAUAGAAAAUGUAAAUCUAAUGAGAUAGAGAUAACAUACAUAUAUAGUUAUAUAUAUAUACAUAUAUAUAAUUUAAUUAAGAGAUAGCAACCACCGAAGUUACGUCCGUAAAAAGUUUGCUAUAAGAAUUAUAAUAUUCUAAAUUAUGCAAAUAGAGAAAGGCCUGGAUCAUUUUGAAGGUGUUAUUGUUAUUUUGCAAGUUCAAACAAUUUCUGCCGUUUGGUCAGAUUUUGUUGUUGCAAUUAUGAGAUGAGGAGAAAUGAAAUUAUCUUGUUUGUUCUUGCGAAAUGAUACUUACGAGAUUUCGCGAAUGCAUAUUCGCGAAGUUUCCCAAUUAAAAACGAGCUUACUCGUACAUUAUUAUUAUUAUUACUAUAAGAGACAUGCCACUUAAAUAUUUAAUGCAUUAUGUAAAAUGGCUACUUAGUCUAUAAAGAUAUUAAGUUUGUAUAAACAUAAUGAAGAAUUGUAAAUUGGAGUUGGUAGAAAUGGCUUGUUGCAAUGUUACACGAGUACAUGACGCAUAGAUUCGUUUGCUUUUAGUUGUACUUUUUUGCAGCUUAAGAUGAAAUAACUGCAUAUGCACAGACGUCGCGGAUACGUGCACAUUAUUCGCAAAAAUAUCUAAUGUUUGAAGAAUUUAAAAAAAAAAAACAUAAUUUUU